CUGCCUGUUUGACCGGAGGUUGUGCUCCCCUCAGGAGGUGUGUGUGCAGGAUGGGCUGUUUGGGCAGUGCCAGGUGGGCUCCGUGCAGGACAGACCCUACUUCCAGAUCACCUCUCCUGUGCUCCAGCGCCUGCAGGAUGUCUUACGGCAUCUCAUGGCACAAGGGCUCUCGUGGCAGGACAGCAUCACGCAGUAUGUGAUUUCACAGGAGAUGGAGCGCAUCCCCCGCCUCCGCCUGCCGCCCUCGCUGGAGCCAGUGGCCAGGGACAGGUUCCUGCCCCUCCGUGUUGAGCCCCGGCGAGCCCCGCUUCCCCUAGACCGUGGCCUGCCAGCAGCUCAGCAUCUGGGGCAGCCCCCACCACUAUUACCUUCCCCACUGGUGCAAAGGUACCUGGAGCACCUCCUGCUGCCCUCCCCAUCCCAGCUGGGCUAUGAGGAGGCUCUACUCAACCCCUACUCCUACCACAAGUUUGGCUACCAGGAUGGUGCUCACCAGCAUCCCAGCGGCUCAGCCAGGCAGAGCUCUGAAACCUCCUCGCUACUGGGCCGGGUUCCUGCCCAGGCCCUUUUUGGGGCUGGCCCUGUGCCCUCCUAUGGUGCACAGCCAGGAAUGGAUGGAGGGCAUCUCUUCCAGGACUUGGGCAUGCUUUCCCUGCCCAGAGAGAAAGCCAGCCGCCCAGACCCUGCCAGCACCAGGCUCCAGCACAGCUUGCGACUCCCCAGUGACUACAGAAGCACGGAGGAGAGGGAGCAGCCAGCACCCUUGGCUGCCCAGCCACCCUCUACACAGACAGAUGCUGCCCUAAAGAGACUGGCCUCCCUCCUGGCCAGCUAUGGCCUCGGGCUGCCAGAGCUGAGCCCCCAGCAACUGAGCAGCCUCUCCAGCCUCCUCCAACUGCUCCAGAGCUCUGGUGUUGUUGGCCCUGAAGUGCCCACAGUCAAACGGGUGACGGAGGGGGACAUGCAGCACGGAGAGGAGCCAGUGCCCCCUUCCUCCACAAUGCCACCCCCUAAAAUCCCAGCCAGCAGCUCCCCAGGGGAUGGGCCAAAGGGCAGAGUGGCAUCCUCGUCAGCUCCCCAGGCCGAGCCACAGGGGGCACAUGGUGGAGAUGCAGUCAGCCCCAGGCAGCAGAUUCUGGUGGAGAAGAAGAGUUACACGGAGACAAAGGAUGGUGGGGCACAGCGGCACAUGCAUCCACCAGACGAGUAUGGCUACAUCAUCACAGACCAGAAGCCCCUGGGGCUGGCUGCUGGUGUGCGGCUGCUGGAGCUCCUUGCCAAGCACCUCCACCUCUCCACCACCAGCUUCAUCAACAUCAGCGUUGUGGGUCCUGCACUUACCUUCCGCAUCCGGCAGAACCCUCAGAACUUCUCCCUGACAGAUGUGGCCAGCCAGACUGAGCAAGUGAAGACAGAGCUGGAGCAUGAGCUGGGCCUGAAGAUUGUGCAAACAGGAGUGGGAGAGCGAAACGAGGCUGCUGCCUAUUCGCGCCCAUCCCACUUCAGGGAUGGCUUCCACUCGGUGCUGCUGACCUUCAUAGCGCUGGCCUGCGUGGCGGGCAUUGCCAUCGCAGUUUCUGCAGCCUUCUGCCUCCGGCGCCAUGCCAAGCAGCGGGAGAAGGAGCGCCUGGCCGCCCUGGGGCCAGAGGGUGCUGCUGACACCACCUUCGAGUACCAGGAGCUGUGCCGCCAGCACAUGGCUGCCAAGUCUCUCUUUGGCCGCACUGAGACAGCAGCAGCACCAGCAGAGACCUCGAGGGUCAGCAGCAUCUCAUCCCAGUUCAGCGACGCCCCACAGCCCAGCCCCAGCUCUCACAGCAGCACACCCUCCUGGUGCGAGGAGCCCGUCCAGUCCAACAUGGACAUCUCCACUGGACACAUGAUCCUGGCCUAUAUGGAGGACCACCUCCGCAACCGGGACCGGCUGGCCAAGGAGUGGCAGGCGCUCUGCGCCUACCAAGCUGAGCCCAGCAUCUGCUCCAUUGCCCAGAGCGAAGCCAACCUGAAGAAGAACCGCAACCCUGACUAUGUGCCAUAUGAUCACGUGAGGAUCAAACUGAAAGCCGAGAGCAACCCCUCCCGCAGUGACUUCAUCAACGCCAGCCCAAUUAUCGAGCAUGACCCACGGAUGCCAGCGUACAUUGCCACACAGGGGCCACUGUCCCACACUAUUGCUGACUUCUGGCAGAUGGUGUGGGAACAUGGCUGCACUGUCAUUGUCAUGCUGAGCCCUCUGGCUGAGGACAGUGUCAAGCAGUGUGACCGCUACUGGCCAGAUGAAGGUUCCUCUCUCUACCACAUCUACGAGGUGAACCUGGUGUCAGAGCACAUCUGGUGCGAGGAUUUCCUGGUGCGCAGCUUCUACCUGAAGAACGUGCAGUCGCAGGAGACCCGCACCCUGACGCAAUUCCACUUCCUGAGCUGGCCAGCCGAGGGCAUCCCCACCACCACCCGGCCCCUCCUCGACUUCCGCAGGAAGGUGAAUAAGUGCUACCGGGGUCGCUCCUGCCCUAUUAUUGUGCACUGCAGUGACGGUGCAGGCAGGACCGGGACGUAUAUCCUUGUCGACAUGGUCCUGAACCGAAUGGCCAAAGGGGUGAAGGAAAUAGACAUAGCUGCUACACUGGAGCACAUCCGAGACCAGCGGCCUGGCAUGGUGCAGACCAAGGACCAAUUUGAGUUUGCGCUGACGGCCGUGGCCGAAGAAGUGAAUGCCAUUCUGAAGGCACUCCCGCAGUGAUGGCGAGGAGUUCUCCUCUCAUCUGUCUCCGUGCCCCCGCUUCAUGCUCUCCUCAUUCUGCCUUUGGGGCUGCUCUCCCUGUAAAAUGCUGUCUGUGCUUCUGGCUCUGUUCCCCCUGCCCCCAGGCCCCCCUUUCCCUCUCCCCAAGAACACCAACCUCAGGCCCUCUGUGUGCAGGAACCCCAUUGCACCUGCUGUCACCAGAGGGGACAGGGUUUGUGUCCCCUAUGCCUGCAGAGGAGGGGAGCAGGUGGUGCUGCUGGGAACUGGUGGGAGGGACCCCCCAGCUGGUCUCCUGCACCCCAAUCUGUCAGUCCUGUGUUAGCUCUCUCCCUGUACCCACACGAGGGGCAGAAGUGGGCAGGGGUCCCCUACAGCUGAGGGGAGCACAGGGUGCAGGGGAACCUGGCCCAGCCCCAGGUCCCCUUUGUGUGCUCCCUGCCUUGUCACUUGAGCAGAAGAGAAAUUUCUAGAGAAAUAUAAUUUUGUAUCUUGAUGUGAAUAAAGUUCUCGUGUCA